AUGGACCCCAACUCGACAACUGCUGUGGCCCGUCUCCACGCCGUGCAGAACCACCUCUCUAUCCAGCCCUGCUUUCAGCGCCAUGCCAUCCACAACGACCAGCCCACCGGUCCCGCAGAUCUGGCUCGUGAGCGCGCCAACUCUUCCUUCAAGGUCGAGGACAUGACUGAGGUCAUCCUCCGCGGCAAGGAGAACGUCGAGGCCCUCAGCUUGGCGUACCAAAUGAUCCAGAGAGAUCCUGAUCUGCGCAUGCGCGAGGGCCACCAUUACGACUUGACCCGUGCCGAGGACCGCGAGCAGACGAUGCGUCAGAUUGCACGCACCAUCGAGCUCAAGAAGCAAAUCAAGGACCCUCGUCUCCGUCAGGCCCUGUUUAUGGCCAUGGCUUUCUACUCCGAGUCGUACUCGAUGAGGAUGUACGUCCAUGACAUGCUGUUCAAGCAGGCCUUGAUGCUCUUUGGAACCUCGGAGCAGCAGGACAAGUGGAUGGACGAUAUCGAGAACUGGAGAGUCAUUGGAUGCUUUGCGAUGACUGAGUUGGGACAUUCGUCCAACUUGCGUGGAUUGGAGACUACCUCGACCUUCGACCGUGCCGCCAACGAGUUUGUGAUCCAUUCGCCCACCUUGACCUCCACCAAGUGGUGGAUCGGAAUGUCUGGCGAGACCGCCACACAUACCGUCGCUAUUUGCCAGACGGUCGUCGAUGGCGAGAACCACGGCAUCAACUGGUUCAUUGUCCCCCUCCGUGACCCCAAGACCGGUCGUCUCUUGCCCGGAGUUACCUGUGGUGAUAUCGGUCACAAGUCUUCCCGCCAGGGUCUCGACAACGGCUGGAUCCAGUUCACCUCAGUCCGCAUCCCCCGCGAGAACAUGCUGAUGAAGUGGGCCUCGAUGAGCCCCGAGGGAGAGUUCACCCCUUCGCCUAACCCCAUCCUCUCCUAUGCCACCUUGAUUCCCGAGCGCUUCACUAUUCUCAGCGGCUCUCAAGUUGUCCUUGGCCAGACCUUGACGAUCGCUAUCCGCUAUGGAGCAGUCCGUCGCCAGGGUAACCAUGACGAGCAGAUUCUGGAUUACCAGACCCACUACACCAGCUUGAUGCCCGGACUUUCGUUCAUCUACAUGUUGAACAUUGUCGACCGCGAGCUAUUUGAAAAGUGGGACGAAGUUGCCGAGUAUGCCCAGACCGAUGCCGGUGCCUUUAUGCGUGAGAUCCCCGAUCAGCACGGAGUCUCCGCUGGUUUCAAGGGAGCCCUUGCGUGGUAUGCCACCGACGUCCUUGAGUCCUGCCGCCGUGCCUGCGGUGGUCACGCCUACUCAUCCUACAACUCUAUUGCUGGUUUGAUUGGCGAUUACGGUGUCGUUACCACCGGAGGUGGAGACAACGUCGUCUUGAUGCAGCAGUCUGCUCGUUACCUUAUCACGGCUCUCAAGUGGGCUCAAGAAGGCCAGGAGGUUGUUGGCUCGGUCAGCUACCUCAACGACUACAAGAAGAUCUUGUCGAACCCCAAGACCUCGUUCCAGGAUCCUCGCGACUUGCUCAGUCACGAGUUUGUGAUUGAUGCCUUGACCUGGGCGUGCGCCAAGAAGGCGACCGAUCUGGCGGCGAUCUUGGCAGAGGCUGGCAAGUCCAACUUUGACCAGGCUUGGAACACCAACCAAACCGAGCUUGUCCGUCUUGCCGAUGUUCAUGCCUGGAGAUACUUCUUGAUCCUCUACCAGCGCGGUAUCGAUCGUGAGAAGCACACCUCCGUCUAUGGUAUGCUCCGCAAGAUGGGUCAGUUGAUGAGCACUUUCGCUCUCCGCAAGCACUUGGAUCUGUUCUUGGAGGAGGGUUACUUUGAUGGAACCCAUGCCAAGCAUAUCCGCCAGUUGUUCUUGGACCAAUGCAAGGACCUCCGUCAGGAUGCUGUCCCCUUGGUCGAUGCCUGGGUCAUCCCUGACUUUGUGAUCAAGGCCCCCAUUGGCAAGUACGAUGGUAACAUCUACCCUGCUUACUUUGGCACUGUCAACGCUGCCCAGAAGUCGUUCGAGCCCCCAGCAUACUGGCACAAGUAUGCUGCUCCCUUGCUCAACGCCCCUCGUCCUAGCGAUGAGAAGAAGGGCUGCAAGUGCUAG